UUAGUCACGUCGCAAGCCAACUCCUUGCGGAUCAUCAAGGUGGAGAAAUGCUUUGGUGCCAACGGCAAGCCCCUGCGCAAACCGGGUCGCGUCCUCAAGGGCGAGGGUGUUCUGAAUAAGGUGUGCCGCAAAGUGGUCAAGCCCCGCAUCUUUUUCCUCUUUAACGACAUUUUGGUGUACGGCUCAAUUGCCCAAGAGCAACAGCGGUACACCAAGCAAACAAUUCUGAAUCUGGAGGGCAUGCAAUUCCGUUCCCUGGACGAUACCCCCAAACUCAAGCAUGCCUGGGUGAUCUCCACGCCCAGCAAGUCAUUCACCGUGUGCGCGGCAAGUCCUCGCGAGAAGGCUCAAUGGCUGGACCACUUGACCAAGGCUGCAAAUACCACGGCGGCCACAAGCGGCGAUGACCAGCGCUUUGAGGGGCAUGCUCCCAACUGGGUGCCGGACACCGAGGCGGAUGUGUGCAUGCACUGCAUGAAAACAACCUUUAAUGCGUUUAAGCGUCGGCACCAUUGCCGCUCCUGUGGCAACGUGGUGUGCGGACCCUGUAGCACCAAGAAGCUUGUGAUUGCAUCACAGGGCUCCAAGCCCGCGCGCGUGUGUGAUGCCUGCUUUGACAAGUAG